UUUUUCUUUGGUUGUCCCCUGCACCGUCUUUGUCUCGUCUUUCUUCUUGUCUCUUCUCUUCUCUUUGCACUCCGCAGAAGAGAGAGAAACAUCGAACAACACUUCCAAUCUCUCUCUCUCUCCUUUUCUCUCUCACUGAUAUGCAGCAAACUGAUCAAACGGUCCUGAGCUUGAGGCCUGGCGGUGGUCGUGGCGGCGGAAGUAGGCUUUUCGGUCUCUCUUCAAUCUCAUCAUCUUCUCCUUUUUCCGCUGAUCUUCCUCUCUUGCGUCCUCAUGGCGUUGCUCCUUCCUCUUUCUUUCUCAAGGCUGGAGAUUCACGGUUUGAGGGUCGUGAGCGUGUGCAAUAUACCAGAGAUCAGAUUUUACAGCUUAGAGAGGCUGUUGAGGUUCCCGAUGAUAUUAUAAAGAUCCAACAAGAUAUAGAAGCUGAACUUUUUGGUGAAGAUCAAAGUUGGGGCCAUGUUGAAAACAAUGUAACUCCUCCUCGACAAUUACAAAAUCGAUAUUCUGAACCAGAUAGCCGUGACUGGCAUGGUCGCUCUGGACAACUUCCUGCUAAUCCUGAUGAGAGGUCUUGGGAAAAUCUCAGAGAUAACAGGGAGUUUGGUAAUAGAUUUGAUUCUAGACAGCAGGAUGCUAGUCAGGUUAAUCGCCAAGACCAACUUAAUUCCCAGUUUGCAAGGACACAAGGGGUAAGCCAAAAUCAGGGAGGACCUACUCCUACUCUAGUCAAGGCUGAGGUCCCAUGGUCAGCUAGAAGGGGAAGUCUCUCUGAAAAAGAUCGUGUCUUGAAGACUGUGAAAGGAAUAUUAAAUAAGUUAACUCCUGAGAAGUUUGAUCUCUUGAAGGGUCAGUUAAUCGAUUCUGGCAUUACGUCAUCUGACAUCUUGAAGGGUGUCAUUUCACUUGUAUUUGAUAAGGCUGUUCUAGAACCUACAUUUUGCCCCAUGUAUGCUCAGUUGUGUUCAGAUCUUAAUGAAAAGCUGCCUCCAUUCCCAUCUGAAGUACCUGGUGGGAAAGAUAUCACUUUUAAGAGAGUACUCCUGAAUAUCUGCCAGGAGGCUUUUGAAGGUGCUUAUAAUCUGAGGGAAGAAGUAAAAAAGCUGACUGCCCCUGAGCAGGAGAUGGAGCGUAGGGACAAGGAAAAACUGAUCAAGCUUCGUACCCUUGGAAAUAUACGUUUAAUUGGUGAACUAUUGAAGCAGAAGAUGGUUCAUGAAAAGAUUGUCCAUCACAUUGUUCAGGAGCUUUUAGGACAACCAGAGAGCAAUUCUUGUCCAGCUGAGGAAAAUGUUGAAGCCAUAUGUCAUUUUUUCAAUACCAUUGGCAAGCAGCUUGAUGAAAGCCCUAAAUCACGGCGUAUAAAUGAUAUGUACUUUAGUCGAUUGAAAGAACUGAGUACAAAUCCUCAACUGGCACCGCGCCUUAGGUUCAUGAUUCGGAAUGUUUUAGAUUUGCGUGCUAAUAACUGGGUUCCUAGACGUGAAGAGGUGAAAGCCAAGACCAUCACAGAAAUUCAUUCAGAGGCAGAAAAGAAUCUUGGAUUGCGUCCAGGUGCCACUGCUAGUAUGAGAAAUAUCCGUGGCGGUGUUCAAGGAAAUGCCAGCCUGGGGGGCUUCCCCAUUGGUCGUCCUGGUGCGGGGGGUUUGAUGCCUGGAAUGCCAGGGACCAGGAUUAUGAUGCCUGAAAUGCCUGGAAUUGAUAACGACAACUGGGAGAUGCCUAAGACUAAAUCUAUGCCAAGAGGAGACUUGUCAGGUAUUCAAGCUGCAAGACGCAGCAACUCUUCUUUACAUUCCAAAUCCACAACCCUGAACUCAAAGUUGCUACCUCAAGGAAGUGGCGGUAUUAUAAGUGGAAGUAGUGCCCUAGUGCAUGGAGGUGGUAUCCUUUCUGCUCGCCCAUCAAACUUUGGUUUAGGUACUGGGGCUGCAUCUAAAUCCCCUUCACCUCCUAAAACAGUCUCUGCUGUCUCCUCGGAGAAGCCACAGGCUCCAGCUGCUAUAUUGAAUUCUGACAAUCUUAUUCUUCGCCGCAAAACUGUCGCUCUUCUGGAAGAAUAUUUCAAUGUUCGGCUUUUGGAUGAGGCAUUGCGGUGCGUGGAGGAACUAAAAUCUCCAUCUUACCACCCUGAGGUAGUUAAGGAAGCCAUUUCCCUUGGACUUGAUAAAAGUCCACCAUGCGUUGAACCCGUUGCCAGUCUUCUUGAGUAUCUGUUUGUGAAUAAGAUCCUUACAGCUAGAGACAUAGGGACUGGCUGUUUGUUAUUUGGUUCUCUGCUGGAUGACAUUGGCAUAGAUUUACCUAAAGCGCCCAAUAAUUUUGGUGAGAUAAUUGGGAAACUAAUUUUGGCAGGGGGAUUGGAUUUUAAGGUGGUGAACGAGAUCCUGAAGAAGGUGGAAGAUGACCUGUUCCCGAAAGAGAUAUUUGAAACUGCAGUACGGGUAAUUACAUCUGCAUCUGGGCAAGCUGUGUUGGAUGCACAAACAACUGACAUUGAGGCUUGCCAGAGUCUGCUCAAGUGAAUCAAAAUGACUUAGCAUGAGAAUACCGGCUUCUCUAACUGGAUGGACAUCUCUGCCUUCUUUCGCCACUUACAAAUUCCCAUAUCUUGACCCCCACUUUUGAGUAAGAGCAUUUUGUAUGAAAGUCUGUUAUAAAGUAGAGAUUCCAGUGUCAGGUAUUUUUAUUGAGCUGUAUAAUUUUGUUUUAUUUUUGAUUAUUGAGGUCGUAGAGGUGUUUUUGAGGGAAAAGUCAACCAUAAAGCUACGGAUUUUGUUUUGCGGUUGGCUAAUCAUCCGCCAAUUUCUUCAAAAGAAUGGCCCAUUAGGGGUCCAAAUGUUUUUUUGUUUCAUUAGUUUCAAUUUUAAUUUUGUUGACAGAGUAAUUGUUUAACUGGUCAGUUCAUAAAUAUCAUUGUCGUUAUAUCCUCAAGCUCGU